AUGCAACUUUCUGUGCUCUUUAGCGCGCUUGUGUCUUUCGUCAUUCUCGCCGCAGCGUCACCCACGGCUGAGAAACUUUCCUCUAAACGAGAGGAACUUGAAUCCAAGUUCGUGGACUACCAGGAGCGCGAGGAACUUAAUAUUGUAGUCGGGACCUACCACAAGCGCGAGGAGUUGGAGGACAAGUUCGUGGACUACCAGGAGCGCGAGGAACUUAAUGUUGUAGUCGGGACCUACCGCGAGCGCGAGGAGUUGGAGGACAAGUUCGUGGACUACCAGGAGCGCGAGGAACUUAAUAUUGUAGUCGGGACCUACUAGUACCACAAGCGCGAGGAGUUGGAGGACAAGUUUGUUAGAUAAGUAUGCAGUGAAAUGAAAAAUGGUACCAACUACUAUCUACCAUGUCAUGGAUCGGUACACCUUGAUUUCUUGGAUUCGAGCCACUGGGAACUGGAAACAAGCCUUGUUUGAUAUCAUCGUCUUCGGUGAUCUCAGUGAGCAUCUGAAAGAUGAGUUCUUCAGAUACCUGCCUGCAGAAUGAUUCACUCGCCUGUGUGGUACGAGGCUAAAUUAACGGGAUCGGCGGGAACGAAAUUACUCGAGGACACCGGGGAAGAAUUUUGACAUAGUAGACUCG